AUUCACUUUCCAUCCACCAACAACCCAACGGUCAUUCAUUUCUUGCAAUUGGGUUGGGAAGGCCCAUAAAUUCCACUGGCAUUCAUGAGUGAACUAUAUUUUAAAGACAUACCAGAAUUUCUAGAAGCUCGUGUAAAUGAGUCGCUAGAAGCGAGAACUCAGGGCAUCGGGCAAUUUAAAGAACUUGGAGCACCCGACCAUGUUCAUGUUUUAAAAGUCAAUACGAGAAGCUCGUCGAAAGAGAUCGGCACAUACCACUUUGUCUCUGGCGUAGAUGCCUCUUCUUCUGCCUCACUGGCUGCGUAUUUGAACACUCUGUCUUACUCACUUGAGAAAAGUCAGCAAUGGUUCGGAAAGUCGAGUGGGUGGAAGGUGAAGCAGGCCGUGUGCUGCUGUUACAACGCGUUCUCGCACAUGGACAUUCGUGUCGAAGUAAAAAUUCCAGGCGGCGUUGAUACUUACGCGCUGGACGAAAAUGGACAGCGUCAUAAAGUCGACUCGCGUAUUUGGUCGGAGGCAUACAUGUCUGAAGUCUUGCGUUCUCUGCUGUACUCAGACGAGUCGAACUCUCGUUUCACGGGACACCGUAGAUUCAAUCCUAUUCCCAAUCCUGAUGCAGAGUUAAAGUUUUAUGAGGCGGCCGAAGAACUUUUCUUUUUGGGUCACACUUUGGGUUCGUCGCCCGACGUUCGCGUUCCUACACACGUCAAUAAUCAUUUGGUCCGGGGCAUCUUUACCUAUGUUCGGCAAACUUGCCGCUACGAUGGUGCCCUCAAUCUUUUUGAAAAGCUCCGUGUAAAGCACCCGGAUGUCUCCGUUCUGUUGGCUGAGUUGUAUUUGCUGAUGGAUCGUGAGGUGAAUGCUGUUCGCAUUUUGUAUGACUCUAUCAAAUUAAAUCCCAUGUCAUCGACAGUACUCGUCAUCCAAGCACGCUUUUUAAUGACGAAAGGACGCUAUGACUUGGCACUUGUUUGUGCAAAGCGUGCGGUGCAUUCUUCUCCCUCUGAAUUUGCCUCCUGGGCGACUUUGGCCAAAGUUUAUAUGUGUUUAGAGAACUUCGAGUCUGCUUUGCUGGCCUUAAACUCGUGUCCCAUGUAUGCGUAUCAUGAACAAGACUCAUAUGCCCUUCCUCCUCCCGCAAAGGCCCACCUUCCCGUCCCUGGCAACCUUCCCAAGUCAGAGUUGGUCGCUGAAGACAAAUUGGGUAACUCAACCGCCUCGUCUGAAGUUACUGAUCCCUCGCUCGCCCGCUUACCCUCGCCUUCUCUGCGCGGAACGUUUGCGAAGGCAUAUGAUAUGUUGACGCAAAUUUGCUCAAAGGUUGGCUGGGACGAGCUGCUCCACAUUCGUUCCAACGUUUUCGUGAUGGAAGAGGAAUACCGCACACAAAGUGGUCAGGUGGACGCUGGUGAGUCUGAUACGUCGUCUUUGCACCCCAGCGUUCGAACUUCGAAUACGGAGGACAAUGCCGCUACUGAAGAUGAGGCGGCCAGUGAUCAUGGAAUUGACCGCCCCCAAAAUUCUUUGGAAGCGACACAAUUGACGGAUACCAUUCAAAGCAAGCGUCUUUGUGAGCGCUGGCUCGACAACUUGUUUAUGGUUCUGUACGAAGAUCUUCGCGUAUUCACAAUUUGGCGUGCAGAAUACACGCAUUUCAAGGCACAAGGUUUGACAUACAGAAAGUCGCCUGUUGAAUGGGAAAUUUUGGGUGAUGUAGCGUUCCGCUUACAUCACCGUGUCGAAGCCGUUGAAGCUUUCUCUGCUUGCUUCGAAAACAUGUUUUCCUAUAAAGCAUGGAAAAAGCUGCUGCAAAUAUACGUUGAAGACGGGAACCUGGAGCUUGUCUUGACAGCGAUUGCUAAGCUCACAGUGUCAAAUUACCGUUGGUAUCAAGAGUAUUCUCCGUUUUUGUUGGAGCAGGUUAGAAACGUCAUGAGUCAGGAAGGUGCUUUGAAGAUGAAGAGCGUGCUCGCGGCUACAAACUUGGAAAAGGAAGUAGUCACGCUCGUAGAACGACUUUACUUUGACUGGGCAAACGUGUUCCAAAUCGAUGGUUACGAUAUGUAGGUUUUUUACGACAACGAGUUUACGGAUAUGCAAACUGGAAAACAAACGAACUCGUCUCUUUGACGGUUCCCGUUUGCUUCCAUUCUUCAUGGCCGUUCGUACACAAACUAAUAUUAACGACGAUUCUUUCCUUUUGAUUCAGGAGCAAGUUGAACGAAGAGGGGGGGAACUAUGUGUGAAUGCGCUGUCGUAAAUACGGGGCAAGCGCGUUUUGUUGUGGGACUCCAGUUAAUACUAGGCUGUCCGUUUCGGCCGGCUAGCCCAAUCUUGGAUAGCCUUUAUUCCAAGUUCUCUUGAUUUUAAUCUGAGCUCCUCAACAGAUGAGGCUGUAGGCAGCAGUAAGGAAGAUGAUCCUUUAGAGAAUCUCCUCCGUUUGGGUGUACUAGAAUUUUUGGUUGUAAAACUUGCGGUUCGUUUCGUAGGAGAACGUGUGUUCUCUGUAUUUUGAGAGUUUGUGUGUUUCAAGGUUCC